AUGUCCCCUAAUUUGCAACNUGAUUCGUUGUUCAUCCAUAAUCUCCAUUGCAGAGCUCUUCGAAAUUCCCAAGCAAAACUGAAGGCCCAACAACAGCAAGCCGCUCAACAACAAAAAGAGGAGGAAAAUUUCCGACAAAGAAAAGAUUUGGCGGAAAACCCCUUACGAAAUCCUGACAAUGACUUAUGCACAAAAAAAGAAGACGAACAAGACGAAAAACGUUUGUCAAAAGACGAAGUAAACGAAAUCGAACGCCUCCGAACCGCUCUACAACAAAAAGAAAGAUUAAUAUCUGAACUUCGAAAGGACGACGUUGACAAUCGAAUUCGUUAUACGGUUGAGGAACAAUCUGCAACCAUCGAAGAAUUACAAAACAAAUUACGCAAAUACGAAUGUGAAUAUGUAGAUAGUGAACAGUUUUCAGAAGAAGUUCGCUUGAAAGAGAGAAGAAUAUCAGAACUUGAAGAUUCCCUAAGAGAGAGUAUCGAAAUAGCAACUGAACGAGAAUUGAUCCUUCAACGCGAACAGCUUAGACGCCAACAAAUUAUUGAAAAGGUUUCCAAACUGGAGCAGAGACUGUUGUCGUUACAAGCGGCCCAGGGUAUGCGUUGUCACAGUUGUCGACCCUUCGUUUCCAGAAUGAAUUUUCUAGAAUCUCGAUUUUCUUGUCUUGUUGCAGAACGAAAACGGCAUCUACAGGAACUCGCUCAUAUGAAACGUGAAGCUCUUGAAGCAGCCAUCAGCGAAAAGGAUGCUCAUUUAGCUCUCCUGGAAAUAUCAGGAAUUAAGACAGCUCGUCAAGCUGAUGAAGCUGAACGUUUACGCGCGGACAGAAAACGACUCGUUGAAAGAUUAAAACAAGAAAUUGAAAACCUAGAAGACCUUCUUAAAGAGAAAGACAACCAAGUAGAUAUGGCACGAGCACGAUUGCAAGCCAUGCAAGCCCAUCAUUGCUCUUCUGAAGGAGCACUGUCCUCGCUCGAAGAAGCAAUUGGUGAUAAAGAAAAACAAAUGCAACAGCUCCGCGAACAACGGGACCGUGCUGAACAGGAAAAGCAGGAAGAGAGAGAAUUGCACGAACGAGAAAUUGCCGAAUAUAAAAUGAAAAUACACUCCUUAGAAAGCGAAGUAGAGAAAUUGACCGUCAGACUCGAUCGUGCUAAUGCGGACCGUGACAGGCUGGAGGCCAAGUUGGAAAGCUCUCAAUCGGAGCUAGGAAAGUCAAAGGCUGAACUUGAUAAAGCUACUAUAGAAGUAGGACGUAGCGGCGCCGAUUGGGAGCAGGCGAAGCAAAGAAUAGCACGUCUGGAACUCGAAAACGAGAGACUGAAACAAGAUGUAGACCGUUCCACAAGAACGUACGGUCGUAACAUAGGAAGCAUGCACGACUUAGACAAAAUUGAAUCUGAUAAAACAGCUUCCGACUUGCGCCGUUGCCAAGCAGAACUUAGGGUCACCCAAGCAGAUAAUGAAAGAGCGCGAUCGGAAGCCACUGCUCUCCAAGAGAAAUUAGAGAAGUCUCAGGGUGAGGUGUAUCGUUUGAAAGCACGACUGGAAAAUUCGCAUCAGGAACAGGACAAUCUCAGGGAAGAAUUAGAAAGAGCACACGCUUCAACUGCUAGAUUGCACGCGGACAAGGAACGGGCUGCAGCCGAACUAGAAAAAUUAAGAGAAGAAUUAGAACGCGCUCAAGCAAAUCUGGGAAAAACGCAACUUCAACAAGACAAAUUGCAGAAUGCUUUGGAUAAAACUCAAACGGAAGCAGACAAAUUACAAGAAAAGCUUGAUAAAGCAACAGGAGAAAUAAGAAGGCUUCAAAUGGAAAAAGAAAAGGUCACUUAUGACUAUGAUAACUGUCAAACGCAGCUCGAUAAGGCGUUAGCACAAGUUGCACGUAUUCAAAAAGAACGAGACUCUUUACAACUCGACUUCGACCGUGUAAGAGAUAAAUACGAAAAAACCCAGAUCAACGUAACUCGCUUGCAGAAAGAAAAAGAUACGUUGGAAGAUGAAUGCAAUAAACUGAAAGAUCGCAUAGAAAUUCAAAUCGGUCAAGUUGCAAAAGCACAAAGAGAAAAGACAGACUUAGAAAGGGAUCUAGAUGUUUUGAAAGAAAGGUGGGAGAAGGCGCAUGUAAUGAACCAAAAACUACAGUUAGAGAAAGAAGACGCUUUAUCGGAAAUUGAUAUGCUUAAAGACAAAUUAGAAAAAACAAUAUACACGUCUCAAAAAGCAAUAGACGAACGUGAAAACGCCAAUAAAGAAAUAGAAAAAAUGAUUGAAAAAUACGACAGGUCCCAAAGUGAAGUUUACCGAAUCCAAAAUAAGAUGGAUGUUUUACAAGCUGAUAAAGAUCGCUUAGAGUUAGAAGUCGAAAAACAACAGCUAGUUAUUGCAAAAUCUCGUGAUGACCAACGCAAAAUGCAAGAAGAACUUCAACAUGUUAAAGAAAUGUACGAUCGAGCUACCAUGCAAUUAAGUAGAACAAAAGAAACGGAAGAAAAAUACAAGGAGGAGGCUGAUCGCUUGAAUAUAGAAAUGGAAAUGACGAGAGAACGUUACGAAAAAGCACAAAUGGAAAUAAGACGCAUCCAAAACGAAAAAGAUAAAUUCCAUUCCGAUUUAGAACGCCUCCAAUAUGAGCUUGAAAGAGCUCACAGCCAGGCAGCUAAAGCUCAAACAGCUCACGAGAAAGACCAAGAAGAAAUCGCUCGCUUACAAGUAGAAGUUGAAAAAUCGCAUGAAAAACAUGAUAAAUUACAAGUAGAGUUCCGCAAAAUUGUUGCAGAAUACGAUGCCUUACGUGAACCAACCCGAAAUCGUUAUUCUAAAUACGAAAGUGAAGACAGAACCAAAGAAGAGAAUGAAAGGCUGAAAUUAGAAGUGGAACGAUUAAGAGAGAGGCUGGAUAAAACUCUUACCGAAUUAGAUCGCACAAGGAAAGAUAUGGCACUAACAGAAGCUACUAGAGGUAAAUAUCAAUAUGAACAAGAGAGAGAAAAAAGUGGCGAGAUUGAACGGCUUAAAGAGGAGCUACAACGAUAUCUUACUACUAAUCAGCAUCUCGAAACGAAAUUGCAUGAGCUUACAAUACAGCUCGAUAUGGCAAGAGCAGAGGUAAACAAAGUCACCGCCAAUCAAGAGAAGCAAAGACUGGAAAUGGAAAGGACCCUAAUCGAAUACGAAAAACUCAAAGAUCGCUUAGAAAAACUCAAAAUUCAAAACGACAAACUCGAAAAAGAAAACGAUAAACUUAAAAUGGAUCUUGCCCAAGCCGAUAGACGUCAGACCCUUGCAGCAGACAAAGUAAAGUCAGAUGAACGCAUCGAAAUUGAAAGGCUCAAAGAAAAAUAUGAGAAAGCAAUUCAACAAAGAGAUGCCACUGAAAUGGAAGCAGGAAGAUUGGCAAAAGAACUCGAAAAAGCGCAAAUACAUUUAACGAAGGCAUUAGAAACCAACGAAACCACCAAGAUCGAAUUCGAACGAAUGGCAAACGAACUAGCAAAAAUGCACGAACGAAUGGAACGAGAGAAAAUGGAAUGGAAAACAAUGGAACAGGAAAGAGAUGUCCUACGGGCAGAGCUACAGCAACUACGCACUGGAAUGGAUAGUAGACGAACCAUGGACCAUAGAACCCAAGAAACUAUCGUUAAACUACAACAAGAAUUAGCACAAGCAUCUAGAGAAAGAGAAAAAAUGGCUGCACUUUUAGAUAAACAAGGUCGUCAAGGAGAAUCAAUCGAUAAGCAAAUUAUUAAAUACGAAGCCGAUAUAAAGCAACUCACGAUGGAGAGAGAUCAGCUCGUUGCACAACUAGAAAAAUCCCAAGACAUGCUAAUGAAUUUCCAACAGGAACUAAAUCAAUGUGAAGAAGAACGUGAGAGAUGCAAAGCAGAAGUAAAUAGGCUUAAGGCUGAGCAGAAGAAAGUAACACAAGAUGUCGAAAGAGGAACGAAGGAGAUAUUAGACAAUCGGGACAAAGAGAUAGCAAAACUGCAACAGCAACUUAUAGCUCUUCAAAAAGAGAGGGACACGCAUAGACAAAGAGCUGAAAAGGCUGAGAUGAGACUGCAAGAAACGGGGGCAAGAGGUGACUCAGAAUUAGAACAAUGGCGAAAAGUUGUGGAACAAGAAACCGCAAGAGCCGAUCAAGCUGAAAAAACUGCCCAAGAUCUACAGAAACGAAUACAGGCCAUGGAAAAACAAAUGCAACAACAAUUACAACAAAUGGCACAAUAUCAGAAAGCUGCCGGAAUACGUCCUCCAUCUGAAGACGAAAAGGAAAUGAAAAUAUUAAGACGAGAACUAGAAAAAUAUCAAACGGAUUUAAGAAAUAGCGCUACCGAGAAGGAAAGACUACAGUCACAAUUGGAAAUGCUCGUACAAGAAUUGGAACAGAAGCAGCUUGAUCUUCACGAGGCCACUAAAAAACUUCAGAGCAUGCCAGCUCAAAGACCAACAGAAGAUCUAUCAGCAGAACGAAAGCAAUUGGACGAGCAAAGAAGGCAGUUUGAAGAGCAAAGAAAAAAAUUCGAAGAGCAGAAGAAACAAGUAGAGGAUAUGAGAAGGGCUACAGAAAACAAACAGCGAGCUGUUGACGAAAAGAACAAAGAACUAGUCGAGCUCGAUAAACAACUAAAAAAACGAAAAGAGCAGAUAGAUCAUUUGGAAGCAUCAUUGCAGAAGACCGGAGGAAAUGCAGCUGUUGCUGGAGAACUCAAUAAAAAGUUAGCCGAAGCUGAAGAAAAACUUAAGAAGGCUGAAGAAGAAUCAAAGCGUUCCGCAGGGGAAAUGGAACGGUUACUGCAAUUAGUCCAAAUGAGUCAAGAAGAGCAAAACGUGAAAGAGAAACAAAUAAUGGAAUUACAACAUCAAAUAAGGGAAAUGGCUGAAGCGUACCUUAUAAUGGAGAGAAUGGUUGAAACACGGGAGUUGCGUGCGGCCAACGAGACGUUGCGUUCGCUGCAGAAGCAGUUGGAGCUGAUGCCCUCGCCCUCCAGCAGCACAAUCGACCUUCUUCUGGACACGAAAAAUGCUAGAAUCGCGACCCUCGAGCGCACUGUAGACUUGCUGGAGCGCGAGGUCCGGCGAUUGGGCGGAGGAUCGCCAAUUUUGCCGUUGUUUCCGGCGUUACUACCGCCUCCAAUGCCGCCGCCACAGCAGCAGCCGCAGCAGCAGCAGCGUCCCCUGUUGCCGUUACAGCCGCUGCCCCAUGAGUUCUACCUCGUACCCCCCAUUACUACUACCACCAUCACCACCACCACUGCCAUUGCCACUGCCACAACCACUGCCAUUGUCGACCAUGUUGUUCAUCCGCGUAAGCAACUGGACGAGUUCCGUAUGGAGAUCCAACGGAGGGAUCAAGAGAUCCUAGCCAUGAGCGCCAAAAUGAAAACGCUCGAGGAACAACACCAGGACUACCAGCGACACAUCGCCGUCCUCAAGGAAUCCCUAUGUGCUAAAGAAGAACACUAUAACAUGUUGCAAGGCGAUGUCGAAGAGUUGCGUCAGCGACUCGAGGAGAAAAACCGACUGAUCGAAAAAAAGACUCAACAGGCACAACAGGAAAGACAGAGGGCUACUGCCGAACUAGCCGAACUCAGAGAACAUAUGGACAUCAAGGAUCGUAAAAUCAACGUUCUACAACGAAAGAUUGAAAACCUAGAAGACCUUCUUAAAGAGAAAGACAACCAAGUAGAUAUGGCACGAGCACGAUUGCAAGCCAUGCAAGCCCAUCAUUGCUCUUCUGAAGGAGCACUGUCCUCGCUCGAAGAAGCAAUUGGUGAUAAAGAAAAACAAAUGCAACAGCUCCGCGAACAACGGGACCGUGCUGAACAGGAAAAGCAGGAAGAGAGAGAAUUGCACGAACGAGAAAUUGCCGAAUAUAAAAUGAAAAUACACUCCUUAGAAAGCGAAGUAGAGAAAUUGACCGUCAGACUCGAUCGUGCUAAUGCGGACCGUGACAGGCUGGAGGCCAAGUUGGAAAGCUCUCAAUCGGAGCUAGGAAAGUCAAAGGCUGAACUUGAUAAAGCUACUAUAGAAGUAGGACGUAGCGGCGCCGAUUGGGAGCAGGCGAAGCAAAGAAUAGCACGUCUGGAACUCGAAAACGAGAGACUGAAACAAGAUGUAGACCGUUCCACAAGAACGUACGGUCGUAACAUAGGAAGCAUGCACGACUUAGACAAAAUUGAAUCUGAUAAAACAGCUUCCGACUUGCGCCGUUGCCAAGCAGAACUUAGGGUCACCCAAGCAGAUAAUGAAAGAGCGCGAUCGGAAGCCACUGCUCUCCAAGAGAAAUUAGAGAAGUCUCAGGGUGAGGUGUAUCGUUUGAAAGCACGACUGGAAAAUUCGCAUCAGGAACAGGACAAUCUCAGGGAAGAAUUAGAAAGAGCACACGCUUCAACUGCUAGAUUGCACGCGGACAAGGAACGGGCUGCAGCCGAACUAGAAAAAUUAAGAGAAGAAUUAGAACGCGCUCAAGCAAAUCUGGGAAAAACGCAACUUCAACAAGACAAAUUGCAGAAUGCUUUGGAUAAAACUCAAACGGAAGCAGACAAAUUACAAGAAAAGCUUGAUAAAGCAACAGGAGAAAUAAGAAGGCUUCAAAUGGAAAAAGAAAAGGUCACUUAUGACUAUGAUAACUGUCAAACGCAGCUCGAUAAGGCGUUAGCACAAGUUGCACGUAUUCAAAAAGAACGAGACUCUUUACAACUCGACUUCGACCGUGUAAGAGAUAAAUACGAAAAAACCCAGAUCAACGUAACUCGCUUGCAGAAAGAAAAAGAUACGUUGGAAGAUGAAUGCAAUAAACUGAAAGAUCGCAUAGAAAUUCAAAUCGGUCAAGUUGCAAAAGCACAAAGAGAAAAGACAGACUUAGAAAGGGAUCUAGAUGUUUUGAAAGAAAGGUGGGAGAAGGCGCAUGUAAUGAACCAAAAACUACAGUUAGAGAAAGAAGACGCUUUAUCGGAAAUUGAUAUGCUUAAAGACAAAUUAGAAAAAACAAUAUACACGUCUCAAAAAGCAAUAGACGAACGUGAAAACGCCAAUAAAGAAAUAGAAAAAAUGAUUGAAAAAUACGACAGGUCCCAAAGUGAAGUUUACCGAAUCCAAAAUAAGAUGGAUGUUUUACAAGCUGAUAAAGAUCGCUUAGAGUUAGAAGUCGAAAAACAACAGCUAGUUAUUGCAAAAUCUCGUGAUGACCAACGCAAAAUGCAAGAAGAACUUCAACAUGUUAAAGAAAUGUACGAUCGAGCUACCAUGCAAUUAAGUAGAACAAAAGAAACGGAAGAAAAAUACAAGGAGGAGGCUGAUCGCUUGAAUAUAGAAAUGGAAAUGACGAGAGAACGUUACGAAAAAGCACAAAUGGAAAUAAGACGCAUCCAAAACGAAAAAGAUAAAUUCCAUUCCGAUUUAGAACGCCUCCAAUAUGAGCUUGAAAGAGCUCACAGCCAGGCAGCUAAAGCUCAAACAGCUCACGAGAAAGACCAAGAAGAAAUCGCUCGCUUACAAGUAGAAGUUGAAAAAUCGCAUGAAAAACAUGAUAAAUUACAAGUAGAGUUCCGCAAAAUUGUUGCAGAAUACGAUGCCUUACGUGAACCAACCCGAAAUCGUUAUUCUAAAUACGAAAGUGAAGACAGAACCAAAGAAGAGAAUGAAAGGCUGAAAUUAGAAGUGGAACGAUUAAGAGAGAGGCUGGAUAAAACUCUUACCGAAUUAGAUCGCACAAGGAAAGAUAUGGCACUAACAGAAGCUACUAGAGGUAAAUAUCAAUAUGAACAAGAGAGAGAAAAAAGUGGCGAGAUUGAACGGCUUAAAGAGGAGCUACAACGAUAUCUUACUACUAAUCAGCAUCUCGAAACGAAAUUGCAUGAGCUUACAAUACAGCUCGAUAUGGCAAGAGCAGAGGUAAACAAAGUCACCGCCAAUCAAGAGAAGCAAAGACUGGAAAUGGAAAGGACCCUAAUCGAAUACGAAAAACUCAAAGAUCGCUUAGAAAAACUCAAAAUUCAAAACGACAAACUCGAAAAAGAAAACGAUAAACUUAAAAUGGAUCUUGCCCAAGCCGAUAGACGUCAGACCCUUGCAGCAGACAAAGUAAAGUCAGAUGAACGCAUCGAAAUUGAAAGGCUCAAAGAAAAAUAUGAGAAAGCAAUUCAACAAAGAGAUGCCACUGAAAUGGAAGCAGGAAGAUUGGCAAAAGAACUCGAAAAAGCGCAAAUACAUUUAACGAAGGCAUUAGAAACCAACGAAACCACCAAGAUCGAAUUCGAACGAAUGGCAAACGAACUAGCAAAAAUGCACGAACGAAUGGAACGAGAGAAAAUGGAAUGGAAAACAAUGGAACAGGAAAGAGAUGUCCUACGGGCAGAGCUACAGCAACUACGCACUGGAAUGGAUAGUAGACGAACCAUGGACCAUAGAACCCAAGAAACUAUCGUUAAACUACAACAAGAAUUAGCACAAGCAUCUAGAGAAAGAGAAAAAAUGGCUGCACUUUUAGAUAAACAAGGUCGUCAAGGAGAAUCAAUCGAUAAGCAAAUUAUUAAAUACGAAGCCGAUAUAAAGCAACUCACGAUGGAGAGAGAUCAGCUCGUUGCACAACUAGAAAAAUCCCAAGACAUGCUAAUGAAUUUCCAACAGGAACUAAAUCAAUGUGAAGAAGAACGUGAGAGAUGCAAAGCAGAAGUAAAUAGGCUUAAGGCUGAGCAGAAGAAAGUAACACAAGAUGUCGAAAGAGGAACGAAGGAGAUAUUAGACAAUCGGGACAAAGAGAUAGCAAAACUGCAACAGCAACUUAUAGCUCUUCAAAAAGAGAGGGACACGCAUAGACAAAGAGCUGAAAAGGCUGAGAUGAGACUGCAAGAAACGGGGGCAAGAGGUGACUCAGAAUUAGAACAAUGGCGAAAAGUUGUGGAACAAGAAACCGCAAGAGCCGAUCAAGCUGAAAAAACUGCCCAAGAUCUACAGAAACGAAUACAGGCCAUGGAAAAACAAAUGCAACAACAAUUACAACAAAUGGCACAAUAUCAGAAAGCUGCCGGAAUACGUCCUCCAUCUGAAGACGAAAAGGAAAUGAAAAUAUUAAGACGAGAACUAGAAAAAUAUCAAACGGAUUUAAGAAAUAGCGCUACCGAGAAGGAAAGACUACAGUCACAAUUGGAAAUGCUCGUACAAGAAUUGGAACAGAAGCAGGUGAGAGUGAAAGUCUGUAAACUUGUACUCGUCGGAAAUGUUAUACCUCUAACCACCUUUUAG